AGGGUGCCGCGAACGGGAUGGGUGUACAGGAACGUGGCGAAGCCGGAGAGCGUGUCUGAUCACAUGUACAGAAUGGCGAUGAUGGCUUUGGUGACCGAAGACAAAGCCCUUAACAAGGACAGAUGCAUACGAUUAGCUUUGGUUCAUGAUAUGGCUGAAUGCAUUGUUGGAGAUAUUGCUCCCGCAGAUAAUAUCUCAAAAGAGGAGAAACACAGGAGAGAAGAGGCAGCUAUGCAACAACUGACCCAGCUUCUGUCAGAGGACCUCAGGAAAGAAAUCUAUGAACUCUGGGAA